UUUUCUUGUGUUUAAUUUGAAACGUCAAAUAACAUUAAAGGAUAGCCUUUGAUUUGCUUAAACAAAGUAGUAAUAGUUGACGUUCCUUCCAAAUCACUUUUUUGAUCCUCUAAGAGGCUUGCCUAUGCCUUGCAGAUCUAGCUCCACCCAUAUGACAUUACAUUCUCUAAGGAUCCAGGAUCAGCAAGGGGUCACAAUGUCCCAAGGGUUUCGGUCCCGGUGCUCUGCCUGUCCCGCCCGUGCACCAUGCUUUUGCCUAUCCCUGUUUCUGCAGUUUUUAGUCUUCUCACCAGGGACGCCACUAUCAAUCUCCUCAGUGUCUUUCGGUUCCAUUCCAAUCCGCUCAUGCCCCCUCCCAUCUCCGCUUGCCCCAAGACCUACUUAGCAUUAUUUCAAUCCCACGACUUAGUGGGUCCCAUCUCACCUAGGCGCCCGCAAUCCUCGCCUUCUACGAGUCAGAGCUGUACUACACUCUGCGCAGGCACCCCCGUGCUACUCACGGAAGCGGGACCAUUAGCUCGCCCUUUCCUCCUCGCCACCGACACGCACCCACUGGGUCGGGCCGCCUCCUUGCGGGGAGUCUUAAGGGUCGGCGGGGAUCAGGGAUGGGCCCCGGGGGCGCGUUCCCAACUUUGGUCGCAGUCAUUGCUGUUAUAACGACUAGAGACGCACGGAGGGCCGUAGGACCGGAAAAAGACGUGGAAAGCCGCGAAAACGAGCCUUCGACACCUGGAUCCGCAGGUCCAGUUCCUCACCCGUGGCCCUCACCAACAUCCGGGACUCUCAUCCGGGGCCCUCACCAACAUCCGGGACCCUCAUCCGGGACCCUCACCAACAUCCGGGACCCUCAUCCGGGGCCCUCAUGCGGGGGGCGGACCCUCAUUCGGGGCCGGGCACUCGGUCGCCGGAAGUGCCACCGAGAAGCGCCGGCCUCCUGGCUGUCUAGAGCGACCCGGGAAAGGCUGUGGUGUCCCCGAGCGCGAGUGUGUCGGUGACAGGACCGCGGCCAGGCCCGCCCCUCCCCUCGGUGAGUACCCGGAAGCCGUUCUGGGGUCGCAGCGGGGCGGCCGCUUGUUUCGCCUUCCCGGGAGAAAGAGGCGGCGUCCGGCAGGGAGAGACAGUGGUUUCCUUCCCUGAGGGUGCGCGGAGGCCCGAAUGCGAGGAGGGCCUGUUUCUUUUCAGCUCUGGUUCACCUCGCGGGCUGAGGGCCCCGCAGUCAGGAGGCGGCGACCGUGCCUUGGGGCGAGCUGUGAUGGUCAUUGUCCUCCAGAGCAGUGAUGGAGGAAAUACCAGCCCAGGAAGCAGCAGGAUCACCAAGGGUCCACUUUCAGUCUUUGGAGACCCAGUCUGAGGGUCUGUCCCCAGAGCCUCAGUUUGUGCAGGACACCGACAUGGAACAGGGACUCACUGGGGCUCCACCUGUUCCCCAGGUGCCUGCUCUUCCCCAUGAGGGAAGCCCAGGAGACCAGGCAGCUGCGCUCCUGACAGCCAGGUACCAGGAGUUUGUGACAUUCGAGGAUGUGGCUGUGCACCUUACUCGAGAGGAAUGGGGAUACCUGGACCCUGUUCAGAGGGACCUCUACAGAGAAGUGAUGUUAGAGAAUUAUGGGAACGUGGUCUCACUGGGCAUACUUCUCCGCCUUCCCACCACCCGGAUUCAUAGUGUGAAUUCCUGUCCGGCCCUGAGUCAUACCCAGGCAAGUGCUUUCUCUGGAGAAACACUUGCAGUCCUUACAGCAGGAAUCUCCAAGAGAUGGCCCAAGUAUCGGCUUCCCAUCGAUAUUGCUCAUCCCUGCUCGGAAACUACUUUUCCACGAUUGUGAGAUACUAAACUUGACUGAUGGAAUAGAAGCUCCCCAGGAUGCCACCACUACGUAAAAUCACAGCUCCUCAAAUUACCUCUGCUGAAUUUCUAAUAUUAGGGUCCAAGGAAGCCCUUUGUUGCAACCAGAUGCAUUUUGAAUCCAGUUCAUUCAGAAACCAUGGUUGGUGGUUGUUAUCUGCUUGUGUUCUGAGAAACCAGAAAGUCCAACUUCAGCUCUUCAGUUACGGUUUUUUCAUAGGAUUUUAGAAUGUGAAAUUUAUGCUGUGUGCCCCAUCUUCUGUGUAGCAGAUACAACCUGCCCUGUAUGGCGCCUAACUCUCCAGUGAACCCUGGGCUUUCCUCAUGCUUGACAUUCUGGUUUCUCCUUCCUUGAAGUCUCUGUGGAACUCUUCAAGGUCAUACCUUCCUCCCCUUUAUUCUUCGUGGUUCUGUACAGAUUGAUGCACUUAAGUUGCCUUUCCUGAUUAAGUGUUCCUUACCCUGUCCUUGGUGGAGGGGAGAAGGGAGGGCAAAGAAGUUAAAAUUAUUUCAGGGCAUCCAAAUGAAUGUCUACUUCAUAACUUUGUAAACUGUAAAAUGACAUAUAUAUAUAUAUAAUUGUUAAGUACUGUUAAUUUUAUCUAAUAAUUACAGAGUUUCCAACAGUUAA